AUGGCAGUUUUAAGUCUCCCAGAAUAUAAAACAAUCGAAACAAGUUGCAUUGAAUAUGUUCAUCCGUGGAACAAUUCAUGUACGACUGCGACAUUCGAAUUGUUGGUAUUCGCUUUUUUCCAGUCGUUAAAAACAUACACAACUGUUUAUUUGUUUACGUUAAUAAUGAGACGUAAAAAAUUAACAAAAAAAGUCAUGAAAGAAACAUUAUUGGGAAUAUUGCAAUCGACAAUUUUUUUAACGACUCAUUCCUUUGGAUUUCCAUUUCUAAUAUGCGGACUAAGGAAAUUAACGGGUCGUUUCGACAAAUAUUCCGUGUCAUUUUGGCCUUCGUUUUUAAGCAGCGUCGUUGCGAUACAUUUGGAAAGAUCAUCUAGACGUCCCAUACUUUGCCUUUACGUCACAAACGUCGCGACCGAAACACUGUUCAGAAUGGCCGUUUGGAGAGGUUGGGUCAAACCGAUAAAAUUUGGCGAAACGAUUAUAUUUACUCUGUCGACGACAUUGUUACUCUAUUGGUUUCGAAGUGACGUAGAAAAUAAAGAUUCCAUGUUUUCAGCACUGAGGUACGUUGUGGGUCGUUACGAAGAAGGAAAAUCACCGGAAAGACCGAUGAUGGAAUCGGUGGAUUCACCGCCGCCUAAAAGGUGUAAAUUUCAAACGAAUUCAUCGACUGAUGAUAAUUAUUCAAUGUAUAUAAUUAUAUCGAAUAUUUGUCACGCUUACAUGGUUUUAAUUGACGGCGUGAGAUUUCAACCUCGGUCGCCAUAUUGUCCGCAUCCUCACAGUUGCAUUUUUUACUCUUUGCAGGGUUUGGGAAAAAUGUUGGCCGUGGGUUACGGUGUUCAAUUGGCACUACGAUUGGUACUUUCUGCGAAAAAAAUUCUACGAAAACCUUCCAUUUUAUUCAGAAUAUUUUUUUCGGAUAAAGUUUUAAAUUUAGGAAAAUUUUUAGGAUUGUUUUGUUUAUUGUUUAGAAGUUCUUCGUGCGGUUUAAGAUGGUUACGCGGUUCGGAUUCUGAAUUUCAUGCCAUACCAUCAGGUUUAUUAGCAGGUUUAGCUUUUCAAUUUUAUCCGGAUAGCACGGCUGCUUUAUACGUCAUGUGGAAAGCUUUUCAGAUUCUUUACGUUAAAAUGGUCGAAUCGGGUUAUUUACCAAAAAUACCCUACGGAACAAUAUUACUCUAUUGUUUUUCAACGGCCGUUCUUUUUCACACGGCCAUAUUGGAACCGCAAAAUUUAAGGCCGUCCUAUUAUAAAUUUUUACAUUCGCUCUCGGGUGGUAGAAUAGCCGUCAUGAAUAGAGAAUGCCUCGAUCCGUUCGGUUUAGACACGUCUAAACAUCACAGAGACGUCAUGACAAAAUUAAAAUUAAAUUUUAAAAUUGUUCAAAGUUUUCUUUUAUCACAUAGAAAAUGA